GGGCUGGGGCUAUGUGCCGAACCAAAGGCCUUUUCACCCUUCUUGAACGGCCUACGCUCAGCGCGCCUCGCUACGGGCACAGCCAGCGCUGAGGCCCGGCCCCGGGCGGGAGAGCAUUGCGCUGCCCAGCCUCAGAACCCAUCGAUCGCUCCCUACGGCUCACAGCCUCCCCUCCCCUCCCCGCGCGGCGGCGGCGGCGGCGGAAGCUGGAAGCGGGGCGGGGGCUGAGGCCCGGGCCCGGAAGAGGAAGGGCUCGUGCUGCGGGAAGGCUUUGGAGCGUGGCUGCUGCGGGCUCUGGUAUUUCACAAUGACUUCCUCAACCGAAGUUCCUCUGAAUUAUGAAGAGAUGUUUUCUCAUCGAUUUACAUCAGAUGAUGAGGAAUAUCAAGAGUAUUUAAAACGCCCAACAGAUCCACCUCCUCUAGUAGAAGAAUGGAAAAACAGAUCUGGUGGUAACCAAAGAAAUAGAGAUCGGUUUCAAGAUGGCAGGCAGUUCAGAGGCAGAGGGGACAGGCAUGACUGGCAAGGUGGUAAUAGAUCUAAUCAGUGGCCAGGAAGAAGCUGGGGUAACAGCUACCAACAGCACAGACAAGGACAGUCUUACUACCCCCAGUAUGAUUAUGGCUACAACUCCUACAAUCCAAGGCCUCAUUACGGCCGCUAUUAAUAUAGUAUUUUGCUGUUAAGUAUCCACUUAAAACCAUUUAACUUGAAUGCCAGAUUUGGGGUUUUGUUUUGCUCAAUUUUCUUGUAUUUUCUAUGUAACUUUAGGUAAUGGAUAUUGGUUUUAGAGAGCCUGUUGAUGUCAUUUUGUAGUGCAAAUUAAUGAAGAUGUGACCUUUGUUGUGAGUAAUAAAAUUCUAUAAACAAUC